GCUGAGAGGGGUUGUUUGAGAUGCUCAGUGUGGAUUUUGGGCUCCAACAUGGAAUGAAGGUGGCAGCGGUGUUCACGGUGCAGCUUCUCCUUGCUUUCUUCGGCAUGAAAGCAUGGGCGCAGAAGGACCUGCAACACGUGGAGGGGGUCAGUGGAGGGGUGGCCUACCUCAUCCCCCGCACCCAGGGCUCCUUCUAUAAAGUUGAGUGGCGCUUCGGCAGGGACCUGAAAAUCGCCAUCCACGAGAAUGGGGAGAAGGUCAACUACCCCAAUGGCCCCUACAAGAAUCGCCUGAAACUCUUCCCUAAUAACACACUGAGGGUGGACCACCUGAGGAAAAAUGACAGCAACACCUACUGGGUGUAUAUGGAGGAUGGUGCGGGCACAGAGCACCCUGAAGGCAUCGUACUGCAGGUGUAUGACGCAGUCCCCAAACCCACCGUGAAUUACGUGGUGGAGGACAGCAAGCCGGGGAGCUGCAAAGUCACCCUGAAUUGCUCGGUGGCGCUGGAGAAUGUCACCUAUGAGUGGUUGCCUCCUGAGAGGGUGACAUCAAAUGGUGGCGAGCUGUCCGUCUCCUUCAACCCCUUGGUGGAAGUCUACACCUGCGUGGUCAGGAACCGCGUCUCCAUGAACAGAUCUCAGCUGAUCUACAAGCACCCCUGCUCCUGGGAAGCUGAGUCUGCUGCUCCCACUGCCUCCAUCAAGACCAGCCUGCUGGUGUCCCUGGGAUGUCUCCUCCUUCUCCUCCUCCUCACUCCGCCUUAAUGAUGCGUCACCGUUAAUGCCUAUCCUCCAACCACUGUCACAUUCC